GAGGGUUAUUGAUUUGUUAGGAAAGUCUGAUUUCCAUGUAAAUGAAUGAUAUGAGCCGGGGCCAGUGACAAUUGAGAGUGUCCCAGAGCCGACUCUCUUUUGCUGACAUCACUGGGAGUCAUUAGUAUUCAGGAGAUGGGAAGGCUGCUACAGAAUAGGAUCCUGACUCACAGAGAGAGCUGGCAAUUAAACUUGAUGGGGCUGAAUAUUUCCUUUACAAGAUCUUGGAGAGCAAAUUGGACCUAACGCUGCCUUUGCUACAAAGGGUCAUUUGGAAGAGAGCUCCGGGGUGUGCUGGAUUUGUUGGGAUUGAAAAAGGGAAGGGGGGAAACAAAAAGGCUCUAGUUCUAAAAGAGACCCUUUAAACAGCAGCACAGCCUUCUCCAAAGAGGGCAGGAAUCAUUGUUGUACUGUUGAUGCUUCCCAACAGCACAUUCCCUUUCAGCCAGCAGUAUGCUCAGUGUGCGCGGCUACUCGGAGAGGCUUUGACAAAAGCCGGCUGCUCAUUUCUACAGAAAGACGGUCUCCCUGGGUCGGUCAUGCUGGGAGAGGAGAGGUAACCCCCUUGUGUUCCUUUGCACAGCCGAAAAAGGUUUGUUGUGCCAGCGACAUGGAAAAGAGAAUCAAACUGUAAAAACUAAGCAGCUCGCGGAUCUGGCAGCAACUCCCUGCAGCCUGGGGUCUUCAGCCGUACCAGGAAUAGGAAGAUUUGUCUGCAUUGUAAGUGCCCGCGGGAGGAACACAGCGCCACGGCAAUGCCCCUGGAGAUGGAGAAAACUAUGAACAAGCUGAUGUUUGACUUUCAAAGGAAUUCCACCUCCGAUGAUGACUCCGGUUGCGCCCUGGAAGAAUACGCCUGGAUUCCUCCCGGACUGAAACCAGAACAGGUUCACCAGUAUUACAGCUGCUUACCAGAUGAUAAAGUCCCUUACGUCAAUAGCCCGGGAGAAAAAUCAAGAAUUAAGCAGCUUCUGCACCAGCUGCCUCCGCAUGACAAUGAGGUCCGGUAUUGCAAUUCGUUGGAUGAAGAGGAAAAGCGAGAGCUAAAACUGUUUAGCAACCAAAGAAAAAGAGAGAAUUUAGGAAGAGGCAAUGUCAGACCUUUCCCAGUAACGAUGACUGGUGCCAUCUGUGAGCAGUGUGGUGGUCAGAUCAAUGGAGGGGACAUGGCUGUCUUUGCAUCGAGAGCGGGGCAUGGAGUAUUCUGGCACCCUCAGUGCUUUGUGUGCAUCAUCUGCAAUGAAUUGCUGGUUGACCUAAUCUACUUCUACCAGGAUGGAAAGAUCUACUGCGGCAGGCACCAUGCCGAGUGUUUGAAGCCUAGGUGUGCGGCAUGUGAUGAGAUUAUUUUUGCAGAUGAAUGCACUGAAGCUGAAGGAAGACACUGGCACAUGAAGCACUUUUGUUGUUUUGAAUGUGAAACCGUACUGGGGGGCCAGCGGUAUAUCAUGAAAGAAGGACGCCCCUACUGCUGCAACUGCUUUGAGUCUCUCUAUGCCGAAUACUGCGACACAUGUGCACAGCAUAUAGGUAUUGACCAGGGACAGAUGACCUAUGAUGGCCAACACUGGCAUGCAACUGAGAACUGUUUCUGUUGCGCUCACUGUAAAAAAUCCCUUCUAGGACGGCCUUUCUUACCCAAACAAGGUCAGAUUUUCUGCUCCAGAGCAUGCAGUGUGGGAGAAGAUCCAAACGGCUCAGACACUUCCGAUUCCGCCUUUCAGAACGCAAGAGCAAAAGAAUCCCGGCGUAGUGCUAAGAUUGGAAAGAACAAAGGAAAGCUCGAGGAUGGCAACGUGAACCAGUGUGGCCCCUUGCAUGUGACUUCUAACAGACUUUCUGCUGAUGUGGACCCCCUUUCUCUGCAGAUGGAUUUGCUAAGUGUAUCUAGUCAGAACCCAAGCUUGAACAGGGAUCAGCUGUGGAGGAGCAGAGAUGAGCUCUACCACUACGGCAACAAGAUCGAGAGAAGCCAGUCCCAGAGUCCCCUGCAACUUCUCAGUCAGUGCAACAUAAGGACUUCUUAUAACACUGGCCAGGGGGCUGGGGCCCAGUCUGAUAUGUGGGCAAAACAUUUCAACAACCAGAAAAGAAGCCUGUCCAUGAUGGGCCACAGUGAAAGCUUCUCUCAGGAAAGCAGGGAAGACUAUUACCAAGGCAGGGUGAGGCAACAGGAGAGCUUCAGCGACGCGUCCAACCACAGUUUUAACGAGGCGAGAUCCAGUCUCAGAGUUCCCAAGUUUGAGGAAAAGAAACCGAUCAACCCACAGCAGUGUCGAUCCAGGCAUCCAAUCAAUGCACUUAAAUUCACCGAAGGGUUGACCCCUACGGAACAAACUCCCCGUGGAUCAAUGGAAUCUCUAGCCCUCUCCAAUGCCACAGGUGCAUCUGCAGAUGGGGGUCCUAAACGUCAGGAACAUCUGUCUCGAUUUUCCAUGCCAGACCUGAGCAAAGAUUCCGGGAUGAAUGUUUCCGAAAAACUGAGCAACAUGGGAACGUUAAACUCCUCUUCUCAGUUCCGGAGUGUUGAGUCGGUCCGAAGCCUGCUGUCUGCGCAACAGUAUCAAGAUUUGGCUCCGAAUCUUAGCGACUUGGCAAACUCAGGCAAAUACAGGGACCUUGCACCCCAUUCAAGGCUACACCAUGGGUUUACUUUUGAUGCUGGGAUGUCCAUGAAUGAAUUGCCUGCUCAGAAUAAUCUUAAGUUGACCCCAAUGAGUGAGAGGACAAGAAGGAGAAGUCAAGCCCGUGAUAAUGAGCAACACUAUCGACAUCAUCGCCAGAGAAGGUCAAGGCGUUCCCGUUCUGAUAACGCCCUCCACUUGGCUACCGAGCAGUGUAAUAAAAUCAAGGAGAAGCCACUAGCGAGAACUAGGGAGGAGUAUGAGCGGCUCAUGCAACAGAGGGGCGUUAGGGAUUCCAUGGAUCAAGCUGCUCGAAGAGAAAUGUACAACCGUUAUCAGAGGACUGCUUCCGACCUUGCUUUACAAAACCAUCUCUAUGACAGAUGGGGGCAGCACAUGAACGACUACGACUGGUGUUCCACCUGCUCCUCCUCUUCAGAGUCUGACAAUGAAGGAUACUUCUUAGGAGAGCCCAUUCCGCAGCCUACCAGACUAAGAUAUGUUACCAGCGAGGACCUUAUCCAUCAGUACGGCCAAUGCUCUGGAGGCAUUCCUAAGUCUUCCACUUUGGGUGGCCGAGGUCAGUUGCACAGUAGAAAGAGGCGAAAAAGCAAAAAUUGCAUCAUCUCAUAGGGACGAAUCGCAAUGCAGCGCCCCAGAAAUGCACACGAACAACACACACAGACUUGCACUGCUCUACAUUGUGAACUUUUAUUUUAUACCAAAUGAUACAAGUGCAAAAUCCCUUUAUUUAAAACUUCAGACUGAGGUGGAACAUUAGAGUCUAAAUUAAAGGGGUCGUUCACCUUCCAAACACUUUUUUUUUUCAGCGCAAUGGUUUUCAGAUUGUUCACCAUAAACAAAGCCUUUUUUUAAAUCACUUUCCAUCUGUUAUUUUUUUUUACCGUUUUCCCAAAAAAUUUAAGUUUAAUGUUCCUAAUGUUUCAGUCUGGCAGCUCAGUGAUCCAGGAACAUUCUGAACUGUUACGAUUUGCUCCAUGAGUGGUCUCAUUUCUCAGCAGCAUCUGUGGAAUAUGAGCAAGAAAUUCUAACAGUUGCAUUUAAUGAAACUCAGGGAUUCUGCUCAGCAGGGACAAAGAUAAGAACUGGAUCGACUAAUGGAUCAAUUUAAAACGGUUACAGGGUCCGCGACCCGCUCCCCCUGCCAGAGCUGCUUUAGAAGGUGAAAGAUGAAACUUUACACUUUAAUAUUAGAAAAACGGUCACAAAUAGAAAAUAGAAAGUAUUUGGAAAAAGUCUUUAUUUCUGGUGAACAAUCUGAAACUGAACUGAAAAUAGUGUUUGAACGUGAGUUGACUAAUCUUCAUAGUUCCUAAAGUCAGACCCCAAACCCUUGGGUCCGCACCUUUCACUUGGAUGUAAGUGCCUCGUGUAAUUGUUUUUUUUAGCUCUGAGUGUGACCAACUGCAAAGCGGGAGAAGGUAGAACCAACUAAUUGCCUUCUCGGGGCUAUAUGGAACUUUUGCCUGUCAGAGCUUACGCAUUUCAAACGCAGACAGAGCCAACUGCAGCAGGAGCAUUUACAAGAUGAUAUCCGUUGAAAAAAAUCCAACGAAUUUCACGAAUCCAACAAAUAUUAUCGGUGUAGAACCUUAUUUUUGCCACUGACCAACCGAUAUAAAGUUCAGGAGGCCUGUAGAAUAAAUUAGCCCCAUUAUAGUCCACAUUUCUUUUCCUUUUUUUUCGCUUUUCCUUACGUUUUUCUCUUUUGAUUUGCACAUUUCGCUUUGGAAAGCGUCUCUCACUUUGCUACUUACAGUCCGCCAAUAUACAGUAACUAUAUAACUGCCAGGCUUCUGUACAGACCAACACCUUCUCCAGAUUGAAUGUACCCUGUAUCCAAAUGUACGCUGCUUGCCUGUAUCAUUCUAUAACAGACCCUGACGCUUGUUUUUAUUAUUUUCAUUUGCCACUUCUAUUUUUAAGUAUUUUAUUUCCUCGACAAAAAAAAAACCGCUAAUGCUUUAAGUUAUUUACGCUCUCAUUGUAAAUGGUAUGUAAAUGAAAGUUCUGAUAAACUAUUUUUGUAUUUUGUAAUAUCAAAAAUGAGUUUCUAUGUUUUAGGAUUAUAGAUCUAUAUAUAUAUUGGAUCUGCAUGCCCGGCUCAUACGUUCUCUGGUUGGUUUGGCUGGCAAACUUUUUUCUUUUAUAAAUAAGGUGUAAAUUGUGUAAUUUAUACAUUAAGGAGGCAUGGAGAGGUUGACUUGGACUUGACUUUUACCAACUGUCUCUCUUUACGCCACUCAGAGAGUGUUUGGCUUGGCAGGUAUGAUUUAUGAAGUCUAGCACCUUAUAAAUUUAGAUGUAUAUAUACAGGUAUGAGAUCCAUUAUCCGGAAACCCAUUAUCCAGAAAGCUCCCAAUUACGGGACGGCCGUCUCCCAUAGACUCCGUUUUAACCAAAUAAUUCUGAUUUUUUUUUUUUUUAAAUGAUUUCCUUUUUCUCUGUAAUAAUAAAAGCGUACCUUUUAUUUUAUCCUAGCUAAGAUAUAAUUAAAUCUUGUUAUGGGCAGAAUAAUUCUAUUGGCUUUAUUCAAUGUUUAAAUGAUUUUUUAGUGGCUUAUGGUAUGGAGAUCCAAAUUUUGCAAGGACCCCAUUCAGUGGUGUAACUAGAGUGCACUGGGCACCCCUGCAAACAAAAUCUUCAGAGGGGCCCAGCGCACUCUAAUCCUCCAUCCUCCCGCCCACUUCCCGCCCCACCUCAACCACACCCAACCCCGCCCACUCCCGCCUGACUUGCGUCCCCCUUCCUCGUUGCAGGUAAGAGGGCGUUUGGGGAGGAGGUGUUUUUUAUUGGCUAUUGAGGAAGCAGACCCCACAGUCCAGGCCCUGGACUAUUAUAUUUACACCACUGUACCCCUUAUCCAGAAAACCCCAGGUCCAGAGUAUUCUGGAUAACAGGUCCCAUACCUGUGUGUAUGUAUAUACAUAUAUACACACACACAUAAUACAAGGUGAUUUCAGGCAACAUAACCUGACACAAUUCCAGGCCGUUCUGCUGAAAACCCACCAAAGGACACUCAAAUUUCUAUUCAGCAUUGGAAUAGGACACCGCCGUCAAAAUAGAGAAUCCUGAUUGAGCGUGCGGAACACUAACUCGUAUAUGUAUAAUGCUUCAGUCUUCCCGGCCAAAAGCAUUCUGGCUCUGGCUCUAGUUGACAAUUUAUUUUCUUCCUCUCUUAGGGUUUAUAUUAAGGAAAAAGUCUCUUGCUGACCUAGUUUGUAGGUUUUUUUUUUUUUAAAGCUAAAACUAUAGCAACUUCAUUCUUCCCUGUUACAAAACAUGGCCAUCAAAUCCAACAGGGAGACUUUCCUUUUUCAAUUUUUUUUGCCUCCUCCAGAUCUCCAGUGGAAUUACAGAUGCAAGAGGGUGCACCAAUAAGAAUCCAGUUACCUGGCCCAUAUACUGCAUAUGGGUUAUGAGAUUUGUUAUCCAGAAAACCCAUUAUCCAGAAAGCUCUGAAUUACAGGAAGGCCAUCUCCCAUGGACUCCAGGGUCUAUCUAAUGUUUAAAUGAUUUUCUUGUAGAAUUAAGGUAUGAAGAUCCAAAUUAUGGAAAAACCCAGGUCCUGAGCAUUCUGGAUAACAGGUCCCAUACCUGUAUUUAUUUAUAUAUAUAUAUUGAACCUUUUGCACAAGUAAGCCCUGCCUAAUGUCUAGGAAGAAUAUUGUGCAAUUUUGGUUUGGCCAAAGUUCAUUGCUGCAAGAGUAGCAAACAAGUAG